UCCGGUGGCACACAUGUACACAUCAGGCACGUUAUACGCACUACUUUAAAUUUUAUGAUGGAUUCUUCUAAAAACAAAGAAUCCUCCAAGUCUGGCGGACAAGACAGCAGUUCGGAAACAACAGAGGAGGACAAACCCGAGCUGUGUCCAGGAUUUAAAGACGCUGAUGCGUUUGUCAAAUAUGGACUGGGGGCCGUGUUGUCAGCCACCAAAGCCUCUGCUGGCCUGCCUCAAGCUGGAGAUGAGUUUGAUUUCUAUCGGAGCUUUCCUGGAUUUCAAGAGUUCUGUGAAAGUCAAGGAGAUAAGCUUCUGCUUUGUAUGAGCCAGAUUAUGCAACAUCACGGCUGCAGAUCUCACUUGAGGGACCGCAGUAAGCUGACGGGGUUGGAGGAGAGGUUUGAUUUGGUUGUGGAUUCAAAUGAUGUCAUCUUGGAGCGAGUGGGCAUGCUCCUUGAUGAAGCUGAUGGGGUGAACAGGAGCCAGCAGCCUGUCAUGCCCGCAGGAUUUCAGCCUCCCAAGAUUGUGGUCUCCAGUUGGAAUCGCAAGGGUCUUGGCAGAAGCUCAGAGACAUUUAAACUUCUACAUGCCAAGAAUGUGGCAAGGCCACAGCUGAAAUUUAAAGAAAAGGUUGACAACAGCAACACGCCAUUUAUCCCCAAGAUCUUUAUUAAACCCAAUGCAAUUAAGCCUCUUCCAUCCUAUUUCAGUAACAAACAAAUCCGCAAAGAAAGACCAGAGGACCUGGACGUCCCGACUGCACUGGCUGAUUUUAUUCACCAACAACGGACUCAGGAGCACGUAGACGACAUGUUUGCACAUCCUUAUCAGUAUGAAAUUGAUCAUCUUACAACAACAGACAGUCUUUUAACAAAGCCAGAGCCUCAGAUGUACAAAGAGCUUGCAGAGACAAAACUGACUUAUAUUGACACCUUGGAAGAAUUGGUUACAUUGAAUGAGAAGCUUUGCCAACAGCAUGAAUUUGCCGUGGAUCUUGAGCACCAUUCCUACAGAAGCUUCUUGGGCAUCACGUGUCUGAUGCAAAUCUCCACCAGAGAAGAGGACUUCAUCAUAGACACACUAGAGCUGCGCAGUGAGAUGUACAUCCUCAAUGAAUCCUUCACAGAUCCUGCCAUUGUCAAGGUUUUCCAUGGUGCAGACUCGGACAUAGAGUGGCUGCAAAGAGACUUCGGCUUGUAUAUUGUCAACCUGUUUGACACACAUCAGGCCAGUCGCGCUCUCAACCUGGCCCGACAUUCAUUAGACCAUCUGCUUAAACUUUAUUGUAAUGUGGACGCGGACAAACGCUACCAACUCGCUGACUGGAGGAUACGUCCGUUGCCCGAGGAGAUGGUACAGUAUGCUCGCUCAGACACCCACUAUCUGCUCUACAUCUACGAUCGCAUGAGGGCUCAACUGUUGGACUUCAACCACGGGCAGCCAGGACUUUUACAGAGCGUUUGGAACAAGAGCAAAGACAUUUCCCUCAAGAAAUACGUCAAGCCUAUUUACACAGAGGACUCAUAUCUGGAGGUGCAGAGGAAGCAGAAAAAGUCUUAUAACACACAGCAGCUCACUGCCUUCAGAUUACUGUUUGCCUGGAGGGACAAGCUUGCCAGGCAGGAAGAUGAAAGCACAGGAUACGUCCUGCCCACGCACAUGAUGAACAAGAUAUCGGAGGAACUGCCUAAAGAGCCACAGGGCAUCAUUGCUUGUUGUAACCCUGUACCCCCAUUGGUCAGACAACAGGUCAAUGAACUACAUUUAUUAGUACAACAGGCCAGAGAAAUGCCCCUCCUUAAGGCCGAAAUUGUAGCUCAAAAGAACAAAGGACUUACGCCUGUUAAAAAGCCAGAGGUUACUUUGUUUGGUCCGCAUGAUACGUCACGUGUCUCUGAAAGUGACAUCCCCCAGUUUUUAUCUCACGAAAUGCCAGUCAAACAAGGAAUUCUUUUUUCUGAAGAGACGAGGAUAGAGAUUGAUGUAGAUAAACUAAGCAGUCUAAUGGCAAAGCCUAAAAUCACCGUAUUUGAGGAAGUGUUAACUAAGAAAGCGGAAGAUUCACUUUCUGGGUCUCAAAUGAAAGCCAGACGUAUCAUAGAGGCAUUUGAAAAUCCUUUUAGAAUGUAUUUACCUUUAGAUGUGCACGUCAACAAAAAUGCAAAGUUUGACCCCAACUCCAAAAUAUUCGAGAUUAGUAAACGCUGGAAGCUGCAGAGUAUAGAGCAACAACAGAAAGAACUGGAGGCUAAGAAAAAAGCUAAGGAAGAGGCAAGAAAAGUGACAGAGGAAAGAAAGAAGGCUAAAAAGAGCUACCAGGAAUCUCUGCAGGAUGUAGCCACAGUGCGCCAGAAAGCAGCAGAAUCUGGAAAAGCAGUUGGUAAGAAGAGAGACAGGGUUCCCAGUGAGGUUGGAGAGUCCACUCCCAAACCCACGAAAAAAUCGAAGCCUCCACAGACAGAGGCAGCAUCAGCACACGCCUUCACCCCAUUCGACUACAGCCAGUCACAGCUCAAAGUGUUUUCUAGUGGGGCGAAAUCAAAAGACGACACACAGUUUGAUCCGUACAGACAAGGACAUGACUCUAAGAAAAAGUUUGGUAAGGGACCAAAAUCAAACCCUGGUGCUGGGAAUCGGAGUAUGUCCUACCAGCCUGCCAAGUCAAACAGAGGAUUCAGACACAACUGGCCCAAGAGAUAGAUGUUCAUUUUGCCAUGGUUUGUUUUAUAGUUUCCUGUUGACAGUAAUGUUUUUAGUUAACAUUUCAGGUAAUUCAUUCAGUUGGCCAUUUGAAGAAUAGAUUUCUAAACACAUUUUUGCCCUUGGCUUUGAGUAUUUGUGUAAAUAUGACUAAGAUUAAGACUCUUACACUAAGACAUCUUUAUUAUUAUUAUUAUUAAAGUGUUUUUAGAGGAGUGUC